GAGAGAACCGAGUCCAAAACCAUUAGUUCCUGCUGGGCCCAUCAAGCCCAUACAGUAGGCAAGCCAGGUCUACUUAGUUACACGCAACGGCUAUAUAAUACCGGCAAAUAGCCAUUAGCCACUUGUACAACAACAUCGUCUAUUUUCCCAUUAUACCCUUCAGAGACUUUCCCUCUAUUUUUUCCUUUCACAGUCUUCUUCCCUCUCGGAAACACCGUACUUGGAAUUCUCUGGUUCUCUUCUUGAUGGAUCCUCCGACAUUGAAACCCAACCAGCUAAGAAACAUCCUCGUCCGCCUCCUCACCUUCGGCGUCCUCGUCCUCGCCGUCCGUUUCGCCUACGUCAUCACCCUCGCCGGCGAGUCUUGCGGCUACAACGACUUCUGCUUCUUCCCCGACCACCUGAGACUCCGAGGCAGCGCAUCGUUGGACCAAAACGCCGCCGUUUCGGGGUCCAAAGAUCCACUUGGCGUCGACCUCUGGUCGACCAAGAAGUGGCGCAGAACAGUGGAUUACUACUCCGCGAUUUUCCAAGAACUCAUCGCCGAGGGCUUCCUCGCCCCCAAUUCCAAGGCCCUCUGCGUCGGGACCCGCGCCGGAGAGGACGUGCUGGCACUUAAAGAAAACGGCGUCGUUAAUUCAAUUGGAAUCUCAGGCACCGCUUCUCCGCCGUUGAUCCUCCCCGGGGCCCCUCACCGCCAGCCGUUCGAUGAAGCCAGUUUCGACUUCGAAUUCUCCGCCAACGGCUCCCUGGACCGGUCGGGUCGACCCGCGGAUUUCGCGAACGAGGUCUGCCGGACCCUCAAACCGGGAGGGUUCUUCGUGGCCCAAAUCUUCGCUAAAGACAAUUACAGCUUCAACUCCUUUCUCGAUUUGUUCAAUUGCUGCAGACUCAUCCGCACCCGCGACGUCGACGGCGUCGAUACGACGUCGGUUCGCGAGGUCGUGCUCAGAAAAGAGGCGCAAUUUCUCAACCCUAGUAAAUUGGGGCUCGGUGGCAAUUCCAGUAAAAGGUGCUUAAUUCCGGGGUAUAAACGGGAAUUGAUCCGGAAAGCAGAGCCGUUGAUAGAGCAGGAGCCACUGAAGCCAUGGAUUGCUUGGAAGAGAAACUUGAAGAAGGUGAAGUACUUGACUUCAAUGGCGGACAUUAGCUUUAAGCAGAGGUAUGUUUACAUUGAUGUUGGAGCUCGUAGCUAUGGGUCUAGUAUAGGAAGCUGGUUCAAGAAACAGUACCCAAAACAGAGUAAGAGCUUUGAGGUUUAUGCAAUUGAGGCUGAUAGGGUUUUUCAUGAGGAGUAUAGAGAUAAGGAAGGGGUGAGUCUUGUGCCUUACGCUGCUUGGGUGAGGAAUGAGACAUUGUUCUUUGAGAUUACGAGGGAUUCGGGUUCGAAAGAUGUGGAGAUGUCCAGAGGAAUAGGGAGGAGGAUUAAUCACAAUGUGAGGAGUUCUUCGAGUUAUGGGGAGGAGGUGGAUAAGAUUAAGGGGAUUGAUUUUGUGGAGUGGUUGAAGAGGAGUGUUUCGGAGAGCGAUUUCGUGGUGGCGAAGAUGGAUGUGGAGGGGAGUGAGUUUUAUUUGGUUCCGAGGUUGAUUGAGAGUGGAGCCAUUUGCUUGAUUGAUGAGGUGUUUAUGGAGUGUCAUUACAAUAGGUGGCAGAGGUGCUGUCGCGGUCAGCGGAGCGCCAAGUUCAAGAGGAGUUAUGGUCAGUGCUUGGAGCUGUUCACUAAGCUCAGAGAGGCUGGAGUUCUUGUGCAUCAAUGAUAUUGUACUCUGUUGAAGUAAAUUGUUGCUUCAGAUUGUACUACUUAUUUUGGCUCAUAAUGCUUGGGUACUGCUGGCUUAGAAAGUAGUUCGGCACUUGUGUCACUAUUAGGAGAUGAGGAGAGCUACUCACUCUUCCCUACAGUAUAAGUAUUACUAUGCUGGAGUGUAAAGUGUAUAUGCUCCAGAUUGGAGUGCUAGAGUGCAGUGGGACAAUUUCCGAUUGCGUUCGUGCUCCCUUAAAAACUUAUCAUAUUUGAUGAGCAGCAUGUUUCGAGGAAGCUUCUCUGGAAAUGAUGUU